GGCGGCGGCGGCCGGCCGACCGAGCAGCUCCCGGUUCCCCCACCCCCGGCUCAGCGCGCCCGGAGUGCGGAGCCGCCAGCGUUAUGUCAUGCCCAGACCAGCAGAGGGCUCCAUGAGGAGUUAUAGAAGAUGCCCCGCGUCUCGGCGCCUCUGGUGCUGCUUCCUGCGUGGCUCGUGAUGGUGGCCUGCAGCCCACACUCCCUGAGGAUCGCUGCUAUCUUGGACGACCCCAUGGAGUGCAGCAGAGGGGAGCGGCUCUCCAUCACUCUGGCCAAGAACCGCAUCAACCGUGCUCCCGAGAGGCUGGGCAAGGCCAAGGUCGAAGUGGACAUCUUUGAACUUCUCAGAGACAGCGAGUACGAGACUGCAGAAACCAUGUGUCAGAUCCUCCCCAAGGGUGUGGUCGCUGUCCUGGGACCAUCCUCCAGCCCAGCCUCCAGCUCCAUCAUCAGCAACAUCUGUGGGGAGAAGGAGGUCCCUCAUUUCAAAGUGGCACCCGAAGAGUUUGUCAAGUUCCAGUUGCAGAGAUUCACCACCUUGAACCUUCACCCCAGCAACACCGACAUCAGCGUGGCCGUGGCGGGGGUCCUGAACUUCUUCAACUGUACCACGGCCUGCCUCAUCUGUGCCAAAGCGGAAUGCCUUUUAAACCUAGAGAAGCUGCUCCGGCAAUUCCUGAUCUCCAAGGACACACUCUCAGUCAGGAUGCUGGAUGACACCCGGGACCCCACACCACUCCUCAAGGAGAUUCGCGACGACAAGACAGCCACCAUCAUCAUCCAUGCCAAUGCCUCCAUGUCCCGCACCAUCCUUCUGAAGGCAGCUGAACUAGGGAUGGUGUCAGCCUAUUACACAUACAUCUUUACUAAUCUGGAGUUCUCCCUUCAGAGAAUGGACAGCCUUGUGGACGAUCGUGUCAACAUCCUAGGAUUUUCCAUUUUCAAUCAAUCCCAUGCUUUCUUCCAAGAGUUUGCACAAAGCCUCAAUCAGUCCUGGCAAGAGAACUGUGACCACGUGCCCUUCACGGGGCCUGCUCUGUCUUCGGCCCUGCUGUUUGACGCCGUCUAUGCCGUGGUGACGGCGGUACAGGAGCUGAACCGGAGCCAGGAGAUCGGUGUGAAGCCCCUGUCCUGCGGCUCGGCCCAGAUCUGGCAGCACGGCACCAGCCUCAUGAACUACCUGCGCAUGGUAGAAUUGGAAGGUCUCACCGGCCACAUUGAAUUCAACAGCAAAGGCCAGAGGUCCAACUAUGCCUUGAAAAUCUUACAGUUCACCAGGAAUGGUUUUCGGCAGAUCGGCCAAUGGCAUGUGGCAGAUGGACUCAGCAUGGACAGCCGCCUCUAUGCCUCCAACAUCUCUGACAGCCUCUUCAACACCACCUUGGUUGUCACCACCAUCCUGGAAAACCCGUACUUAAUGCUGAAGGGGAACCACCAGGAGAUGGAGGGCAAUGACCGCUUCGAGGGCUUCUGUGUGGACAUGCUCAAGGAGCUGGCCGAGAUCCUCCGGUUCAACUACAAGAUCCGCUUGGUCGGGGAUGGCGUGUAUGGCGUGCCAGAGGCCAACGGCACCUGGACGGGCAUGGUCGGCGAGCUCAUCGCUCGGAAAGCAGAUCUGGCAGUGGCAGGCUUAACCAUCACAGCUGAACGUGAGAAAGUGAUUGAUUUUUCGAAGCCAUUCAUGACACUGGGAAUUAGCAUUCUUUACCGAGUUCAUAUGGGACGCAGACCCGGGUAUUUUUCCUUCUUGGACCCCUUUUCUCCUGGCGUCUGGCUCUUCAUGCUCCUGGCCUAUCUGGCUGUCAGCUGUGUCCUCUUCCUCGUGGCUCGGUUGACCCCCUACGAGUGGUACAGCCCACACCCGUGCGCGCAGGGCCGGUGCAACCUCCUGGUCAACCAGUACUCCCUAGGCAACAGCCUCUGGUUUCCGGUCGGGGGAUUCAUGCAGCAGGGUUCCACCAUCGCCCCUCGCGCCUUGUCUACCCGCUGUGUUAGUGGCGUCUGGUGGGCAUUCACGCUGAUCAUCAUCUCAUCCUACACGGCCAACCUAGCAGCCUUCCUGACUGUGCAGCGCAUGGAAGUGCCCAUUGAGUCAGUGGACGACCUAGCUGACCAGACGGCCAUCGAGUACGGCACAAUUCACGGAGGCUCCAGCAUGACCUUCUUCCAAAAUUCCCGAUACCAGACCUACCAACGCAUGUGGAAUUACAUGUAUUCCAAGCAGCCCAGUGUGUUUGUGAAGAGCACAGAGGAGGGGAUCGCCAGGGUGUUGAAUUCCAACUACGCCUUCCUGCUGGAGUCCACCAUGAAUGAGUACUAUCGGCAGAGAAACUGCAACCUCACUCAGAUUGGGGGCCUGCUGGACACCAAGGGCUAUGGGAUUGGCAUGCCAGUCGGCUCAGUGUUCCGGGACGAAUUCGACCUUGCUAUUCUCCAGCUCCAGGAGAACAAUCGUCUAGAGAUUCUGAAGCGCAAGUGGUGGGAAGGGGGCAAGUGCCCCAAGGAGGAGGACCACAGAGCCAAAGGCCUAGGAAUGGAGAAUAUUGGUGGAAUCUUUGUGGUUCUUAUUUGUGGCUUAAUUGUGGCUAUUUUCAUGGCCAUGCUGGAGUUUUUAUGGACUCUGAGACACUCAGAAGCAACUGAGGUGUCCGUGUGCCAGGAGAUGGUGAGCGAGCUGCGCAGCAUCAUUCUGUGUCAGGACCAUGUCCACCCCCGGCGGCGGCGCUCGGGCGUGCCGCCGCCCCGGCCCCCGGCCCCCGAGGAGCGCCGGCCCCGCGGCACGGGCACGGGCUCGGGCACGGCGACGCUGAGCAACGGCAAGCUGUGUGGCGCGGGCGAGCCCGACCAGCUGGCGCAGAGACUGGCGCAGGAGGCGGCGCUGGUGGCCCGCGGCUGCACGCACAUCCGCGUCUGCCCCGAGUGCCGCCGCUUCCAGGGCCUGCGCGCGCGGCCGUCCCCCGCGCGCAGCGAGGAGAGCCUGGAGUGGGACAAGACCACCAACAGCAGCGAGCCCGAGUAGCCGGCGCCCCGCCCGCCGCCCGCCCGGACUCUCUCCGGAUUUGGGAUCCAGUCACUUUACGAAAACAAAAACAAAAAGACGAUCAGAGCCUGACGCCCCAGCCAGAGGAGGACCUCGCCCAGCGGGUCGCUCCAGAGACGU